AGGAAGCAGAAAUGAUGUGAGCUGUGGCCUGGGUGAUGAGCUGUGUGGUGAGCCUGUCUGGGGGGCUGCACCACCAUUUCAGGAGCUGUCCGUGGGGAAAGAAGGUGUCCGCAUAGGAGCAUCUCGGCACAGGACUCCAGCUCCAUGGCCGCCCGAGGGCUCCUCCUUGGCAUCCUCCUGCUUCUGCCCGCGCCCGCCCCUGCCCCCUGCUACACGGCCGCGCGCUCUGAAUGCCAGCGCGCCCACAAGUUUGUGCCAGGCUCCUGGCUGGCAGGGGAGGGCGUGGACGUGACCACGCUCCAGCGCUCAGGCUCGUUCCCAGUGGACACACAGCACUUCCUGCGGCCCGACGGCACUUGCACCCUCUGCCGCAAUGCCCUGCAGAAGGAUGUCCCCCAGCGCCUGCCCCUGGCGAUCACUGGCUGGCGUGCCCACGGAGCGGGCUGCAAGCGCAACGUCGUCAAGUAUGAGGGCCGCUCCACCGAGGAUGUGGCGGGGGAGGCGGCCAACAGCAUCCGCAAUGACUGGAAGAUGGGGCUAGAUGUGUCUCCCAAGACAAGCACUAAUGUGCGUGUGACCGUGGCGGGCUCCCACUCCCAGGCUGCCAACUUCGCCGCCCAUAAGAUUCACCAGGACAAGUACCUCUUCAGCCUGGACUUAGUGGAGUGUCGUUUUUACAGUUUCCACCUGGUGCACACUCCCCCAGUACACCCUGAGUUCAAGAGGGCCCUCAAGACACUGCCCCCCCACUUCAACACCUCCACCGAGCCCGACUACCGGAGGCUUAUCUCCAGCUACGGAACCCACUUCAUCCGGUCCAUGGAGCUGGGCGGCCGCACCUCAGCCCUCACUGCCCUGCGCACCUGUGAGCUGACCCUGGAGGGGCUCACGGCCAACGAGGUCGAGGACUGCCUGGCUGUCGAGGCUGAGGUCAGCAUAAGCAGCCACGCCAGUGCCUCGUCAUCAUUCAAGGAAUGUGAGGAGAAGAAGAAGCAGCACAAGUUGGGGACCUCCUUCCACCAGGCCUACCGGGAACGUCAUUCCAGUGUUGAUGGUGGCCACCACUCAACCAUGCAUGACCUGCUCUUCGGGAACCAGGCUGGGCCUGAGAAGUUCUCAGCCUGGGUGGCCUCAUUGCAGGACAGCCCUGGCCUGGUGGACUACACGCUGGAGCCUCUGCACAUGCUUGUGGAGAGCCAGAACCCACGGCGGGAGGCCCUCAGGCAGGCCGUGAGCAAGUACGUGACUGACAGGGCACGCUGGAGGGACUGCAACCGCCCGUGCCCCCCGGGGGAGCACAAGAACCCAAAGAACCCAUGCCAGUGCAUGUGCCCUGGUUCAGCAGCCACCACCCAGGACUGCUGUCCCCGGCAGAGGGGCCUGGCCCACCUGCAGGUCAUGAACUUCAAGGCAUCAGGUCUGUGGGGAGACUGGAUCACUGCCACGGACGCCUAUGUGAAGGUCUUCUUCGGCGGCCAGGAGCAGAGGACCGCCACAGUAUGGAACAAUAACAACCCCACGUGGAUGACGCGGCUGGACUUCGGGAAUGUGCUCCUGGUCACUGGGGGCCCCCUGAGGGUGCAGGUCUGGGACGCAGACAAUGGCUGGGAUGAUGACCUGCUUGGCACAUGUGACCGCACCCCACAGUCUGGCUCACAUGAGGUGUCGUGCCCUAUGAACCACGGUCACCUGAAAUUCUCCUACCAGGCCAAAUGCUUGCCUCACCUGACGGGGGAGAGGUGCCUGCAGUAUGACCCCCAAGGGCUUCUGGGGGACCCUCCAGGAAACCGGAGUGGGCCAGUGUGGUGAGAAGCGGGUCCUGAGAGGACCAGUGUGCAAACUGGAAAGGUUCCAUGCAGGAACCUGUAUCUCCAUUUCUCCAUUAGACAGAUAGAAAACUGAGACCUUCUUUUUUUUUCCCCAAUGAGGUGGCUGAAUUUACAGGCCAGCCCUCAGGCCUGUCCAAACUGCCUUAGGGCUUCAAUAUUCUCAAGCCCAGGAAAGGAGGUGGAGCUGAGUUAGGCCCUACAGCCACUGCUACACUUCCCUACAGGUCAGGAAUAGGGCGGAAAGCCAGGAGGCUGUUCCCGCCAGGCUGCCUGGCGUCGUUUGCACCAUUCCCUUGCAGCCCCUCUUCUAGCGUGGUGAAUUCUUCAUCAUAUUAGACCUAACCUCUUUGGCCCCAGCUGCUCCGUUUACUCUGUUUUCUUGGCCCACCGAGCUUUGCCUCUUAGCCAAAAUCCAAGUCUGUCUUGACUUGUCUCGUUGUGUACACAGUCUGACCAAUAAAGGCGAUGUGAUGG